AUGACACCCUCCUCAACCCCAUCGACACAUGUGACACCCACCUCCCAAAAGCCAUCAUCAUCUACCCUGACCACAACCCUCCUCAACUACGCCGUCUUCACCUUCCUUUCCAUCAUCCUCCUCUGCCUCAUCAUUCUGACCCCCGCCGAUGCAAUCUAUCAAUGUUAUGUUACCCACCGCCUCACGAAUAUCUUCAUCAUUACCGGCGGAUACGUGGUCACUUUCCUUUUUUUUUUUUUUAUUUUUUCUACUUUGAUCUACACGAAUAGGACUGUGCUUAGUGGGAUUCCGAAGGCCUGGAUUCCGGUUGAGAGGGAGGAUGUUGGAAAAUCUGUGCGAAGACUUGUCGUUGAAGGGCUGAGGAGAAGCGCGCUUGUCGCUUACGGUGCGAGGCCGAGGGAUCUAUCUACACAGGAUACGGCUGCUGGUGCGCGCGGCGUAUCAGGGAAUGAUAGUGGUUAUGGCGCUGGCGCCGUAGUAGAUGGCGCAGAUGAUAGUGAAGAGAUUAGGGGUCUACUGCGAGGGUUUGACUACGACAUCGACCCAGCGCAUCCACCUUGGGGAAUUAUCGAGCAUCCCGGGUGGUCAGCGCCUUCGGCCGCGCCCUCUGCGGUAGGCGGCCAUUUACCACCAGAUUUAUGCUACCGCACUGUAGUCCGCGAACUACCGCACCUCAUCGAAGCAAAAGCUGUCUCGCUUGCCCCGCCAGAUCCAAUCUUCUCGUCACCGACGAGCCACCUACACACAGACGACUGGGCGCGAUCGGAAGAAGAAAUCGAGGGCAACAUCCCUGACACGCGCAUCGUCGAGAUCCUGCGCCGCUCCGCAACAACGUCUCUCCGGGGUUACAUGCAGCAUCUUACAGAGAUGGGCGUCAUCAACCCGCCCGAAUCAGGCACCGAGUUCCUCUCCCUCUACGAGCGCGCACGGUUCUCCGGCCGAGACCUCCACGAGUCCGAGUUCCGCGAGCUAAUGGGAGUUUUUGCGGAUGUGUUGAGAGGCAUGCGCUUCUCUCCAGAGCACUUAGACCCCGAUCACCAAUUUCUGGAUAUGGACAUGAAUCCAGACAGGAGGCGAGGUACAUCACUAUUCGCCUCCGAAACACAGUCCGAAUCCAUUCUCGGGCCUUCGGACGAAGAGGGCGAGACCGAGACAGACACCCUCGGCUCCGCGUCUAUAUCCUUACCCGCCAAUUCCCCGGCGUACGGCUUCGCCCGUCAUCAACGGUUCGCAAACGAGAAUCUGGAUGGGGCGUCUAGGGGCUCACCGCAGCGGGCGAGCCGGACACCCUCGACACACUCGCUCAGGCCAGUCCGGUCGCAUGUCUCCGGCGGCUCAGGGUCGAUCAUGAGUUCGAGCGCCGGGUCGGGAUCGGGAGGGAGUGUGAUACGCCUGGCUGAUGCUCGGGCGGAGAACGCCUCCGGCUUGCCGUACGUUAUACAUAAUAAUAGAUAG